AUGACUGAGAAUCCAGUCCAAUUACCAAAGCAGGAGAAACUUACUGUUGAGAAAGUUAGAAAGCGAGCCGAACACAAUGAUGGCGUCCUUUAUACUUUGGAAGAAGUCGCAAUGCAUCAAGAUGAAAUUUUCGGAUUAACAAAUGUACUUGAAGUAAAUUGUCCAAAGCUCAAAAUUAUUUACUUACAGAACAACUACAUUCCAAAAAUCGAAUACUUAAGCAAAUUAACACAACUUGAAUAUUUGAAUCUCGCAUUAAAUAACAUUGAGAUUGUUGAAGGACUUGAAGGAUGCGAAAAACUCAACAAACUCGAUCUAACAUGCAACUUUAUCGUUGAUAUUACUUCAGUUAAAUCGUUACAAGGAAAUUAUAAUCUUAAAGAACUUUAUUUGAUCGGUAACCCAUGCGAUAAGUUCGAAGGAUACAGAGAUUUCGUCAUUGGUACACUUCCUCAGCUAGAAGUAUUUGAUGGUGCUGAAGUUAAACCAUCAGAACGAAAUUUGGCAAAGAGAAACUUGGCAGUUCUCAAGCAAAAGAUGAUUGAUCAGAUUGCCAUGUACGAACCAAAGAAUUACACACCAGAAGAACGUCUAGAGACAUGGAAAUCCAUCGAAGAAACUAAGAAGAAGAAUUCUCCACCACCUCCAAAGGAUCCUCACGAUGAAUACGGAACAAACUUAAAGGUUAAGGCACCUCCAGCAGGUCCUGAUGCUUCUGGAAGGAUUAUUCAGUGUAAUCAAGGAAAAUGGAAUUUCAAAUGGAAAGAUGAGAAGGAUUUAUUGAUUUUAGACGUUGCAAUCAAUAGAUACUUAGAUACUUCGCAGAUCCAGAUUGACGUAAAUCCAACUUGGGUCAGAAUUGAAGCAAAAGGAAAGGUUUUGCAGCUGAUUUUGCCAAAUGAAGUUUCAAUAGACAAUGUUGAAGCUCUCCGUUCAGAAACAUCUGGAAAUUUGGUCCUCAAAAUGCAGAAAAUCGAUAAAAGUCCAUUUAUCAGAUAUAAGACACCAGCUGACAUCGUCUAA